GGAAGAGACCAGGAGCAGAUAUGGGGAUUUUGUUACCAGAUUGUAGGUGAUAUCCCAAUGUCUAGAGUGGGAGGACAUCUGAGCUGGAAUGCCAGGAAAUGGCACAUCAGGUGGAAGAAGGGGCACAGUAAAGGAGACUGUAAAAGAGCCCAUAGAGAUGUGGGCAUAAAAUGAGAGUGAGUGAUUUUGUGGUCAUGUAGGGAGAAUGUCUUGUAAAGGAAGAAGAAUCAUCCCCAUCAGAAUCUUCAGUGAAGACCAGUAGAGUGUGGAAUAAGCAUAGGAGGGCAGGGCACUGGAAGUUUUAUUGGGCAGGCUGAGUGGAAAGAUGCAGGCUGAUUAAACCAGAUGGAGAGGAUUGAGGGGUUGGGAAGUGAAUGCUAAGGGCAGAAGUAAAGGCUGUGAGGGUGGAUGACUCUUUCAAGAAGUAGACUCAUCAUUUUUUGGGUGAAUAUACUGGUGAAUAGAAGAAAGGAAGCAUUGGUCAUUUGAGACUCGGGAUAGGAGAUUAGUCUUUAAUAAAUUAGCAAAGACUUAGAUACAUGUGGGCUCUUUCAAUUGAAAGGGAAAAAUACAAAAAGAGAAGGAGUGAAAUCUUGGAAGAGGUGAAAAGGGUGGAAGAAAACACUAUCUUGGAGGAAGUACAGGGUCUUUUUCUCCCUCUAAGAGAGACAGGCAGGCAUACAGGAAGAAGAAUAAAAGAGGCAGGGACUGGAAAUGAGGGAGUUCACUCAUUAAGUCCUCAAUUUGGGGAGAUAAGGGAAAGAGGAGACAAGGUCACCUGCUGAGACAGGAGAGAAGAUGGUGGUGAGCUCAAGGGGAGUGGUGAAGCUUUGGAACCGAUCUUACAGAGAUUGGAAAUAUAAAUGUCCAUGAUAUGUUAGGCUGCAUUCACACAUAGCUCCCAGUGGCCUGAUAAAGGCGUGGAGAGGGAGUGGAAAUCAGCAGAGUGGAGAUGAUGGAGAGAAAGGAUGUGGGAAUGAGUGUACUGUUGAAAGUGGACAGGACUGAUGGACUCAGAAGAGGAGAAAAGUUAGAGGAUUGACUAUGCAGAGGGGCAUAAGAAGAAGCUUGAUUCCAGAUCACCUGCAACGUGGACCUUCCUUCUGCUUGGGGACCUCAGAAAUGCAGCUCACAUUUGACAACUCUGACAGCUCGGUGUUUGGCCAGCGUUUGGAUGAGACCGUGGCAUAUGAGCAGAAAUUCGGGCCCCACCUGGUGCCCAUCCUUGUGGAGAAGUGUGCGGAGUUCAUCCUGGAACAUGGCCUGAACGAAGAGGGCAUCUUCCGGCUGCCUGGGCAGGACAACCUGGUGAAGCAGCUCAGAGAUGCUUUCGAUGCGGGGGAGAGGCCCUCCUUUGACAGAGAUACAGAUGUGCACACGGUGGCCUCCCUACUAAAGCUCUACCUCCGGGACCUCCCAGAACCUGUGGUUCCCUGGAGCCAGUAUGAGGGAUUCCUGCUCUGUGGGCAACUCAUGAAUGCGGAUGAGGCAAAGGCUCAGCAGGAGUUGAUGAAGCAGCUCUCCACCCUUCCUCAAGACAACUACAGCCUCUUGAGCUACAUCUGCAGGUUUCUACAUGAAAUCCAGCUGAACUGUGCUGUUAACAAGAUGAGUGUGGAUAACCUGGCUACCGUGAUUGGUGUGAAUCUUAUCAGGUCGAAGGUAGAAGACCCUGCUGUGAUUAUGAGGGGAACUCCCCAAAUCCAGAGAGUGAUGACCAUGAUGAUCAGAGACCAUGAAGUUCUCUUCCCCAAGUCCAAGGAUGUACCCCUGUCACCCCCAGCUCCCAAAAAUGACCCCAAGAAACCUCCAGUGCCUCGAAGCUCUGUGGGCUGGGAUGCCUCUGAGGAUGUCCCGAUUUCUAGGACAGACAGCUUCAGUAACACGGCCAGCGACUCAGAAGUAACCAGCCCCACUGAACAACAGCCAAGUGACAUGUUUUUGGAACACAGCGGCAAAACUCUCAGGGAAAAGCCAGGGGAUUGGAAGCUGCAAUCACGAAAAAGGACUCAGACCCUCCCUAAUCGGAAAUGUUUCUUAACAGCAGCUUUUCAAGGUGCCAACAGCAGCAAGAUGGAGAUCUUCAAAAAUGAGUUCUGGUCAUCUUCUUCAGAGGUGAAGGCAGGGGAGGGGCAUAGGAGAACACUGUCUCAAGGUGUGCCGAACUUUUCUGAUGCUCAGAGGACUUCCACCUAUGAUAACAUCCCUACCCUGCCGGGGUCUCCUGGGGAUGAAGCAGGGGCACUCUCUUUCCAUGCCUGCGACUCCAAGAGAGAUACUCUUUCGAGCCCAAACUCUGAAACCGGGCCUGGGACAAAGAACUCUGGAGAAGAGGGACUGGAGUCUUUGCAAAGGACAGUCCAGGAGCUGCGAAAGGAAAUAGAAACACAGAAACAAGCCUUUGAGGAACAGAUUAAAAGCCUUGAGAAGGAAAAUUAUGAUGUCUGGGCUAAGGUGGUGAGGCUCAAUGAAGAACUGGAGAAGGAAAAGAAGAAAUCUGCAGCCUUGGAGAUCAGCCUCCGCAACGUGGAGCGCUCCCGGGAGGAUGUUGAGAGGAGGAACAAGACCUUGGAAGAAGAAGUCAAGGAAUUUGUCAAAUCGAUGAAGGAGCCUAAGGCUGAUGAAUGAGAAUCCCCGGAGUACAGGGGAAGCAGCCCACAGAGGCCCAACACUGCUCCCUUUUUCCUUGCUAUGUGACAGCUGGGAAGCAAAAUUACUUCCUAAGAUGAGAGGACAUUUGGGAGGAAAACAUCACAUUUCCCAGUAAAUAAAUCAGUGGAAUUUGCAGGAAGAUAAGGGCGAGCAGGGACAUACGUCCAUGACCGCCUGUGGCUGUAUUCAAAAGGAUUGCAUUAUUCCACUGUGGUCUCAGGCUGAGUGACUUGGAACUUUCUAUGGCUGGAUGGCUAUGUCCGAUGGAGACGUUUGAGCAAGGCCGCAUCUCAGGACCCAGGGAACAGGCUGUCCCCAAUUGAAGCUGGGUUAAGGUUUAGUUCUUUGUUGUCUAGGUGUGGACCAACUCACCUCGUCACAUGGACUCGGGGCAUCUCUGAGACAGAAAGGCUGAAAUUGAUCUUCAGCUUCUGAGUGCUCACCAUGGUUUUGAGGGGCUGCCCUUGCUAAAGCGAGAGCCCCAUGCAACACUCCCCAAUGAUGCACCAUCUCCAGGAGCUGGAAACUGAAAAUUAUUAGUAGACUAAGAAAAUGAGCGAUAAACUGUAUUUAUGAAAGCAACAUAGAUGAGAAAAUUAUAUUCAAAUAUAGCAAAAACAAUAAAUAAAUAAAAGCAGGGCUAUUGAUUCAUA